GACAAUCACAGGGUCAAGUAUGCCUUCCAUUGCUUUUCGUCGGAAUUACCGGAAGACGGACAAGACUCCGCGUCGCCCCUUCGAGAAAGAGCGCCUCGACCAAGAACUGAAGCUGUGCGGCGAGUACGGUCUUCGGUGCAAGGCAGAGAUUUGGCGUGUGCAAUUUGCGCUGGCUAAGAUCCGUAAAGCAGCCCGUGAGCUGUUGACCUUGGACGAGAAGGACCCGCGCCGAGUCUUCGAGGGCCCGGCACUCCUGCGACGCUGCGUCCGCGCCGGUCUCCUCGAGCAGGAUAAGGCGGAGUUGGAUUUCGUCUUACAAUUGACGACACAAAAGCUGUUGGAGCGACGUUUGCAGACCAAGGUCUUCAAGCAGUCUUUGGCCAAGUCCAUCCACCAUGCCCGUGUCCUGAUCCGACAGCGCCACAUCCGGGUCGGGAAGCAGCUCGUCAACAUUCCCUCCUUCUUGGUGCGCGUGGACUCGGAGAAGCACAUCGAUUUCUCCACCACGUCCCCCUACGGACAGGGCAGGAAAGGUCGCGUGGCCCGUCGCCGGGAGGCUCAAAGGGCGGCCGCGGCGGGAGGAGGAGGAGCAGACGACGACGCAGGGGAGGAGUCGGAGUAAGGCGGGAUGGGAGGGAGGGAACGGCGUGUGCUCGUGAUGGUGGUUGCGGUCAGGAUGGUUCUAGACGCGCGGGCUAGACAGAGGGCAAUGGGCCAGUGGAAUGAUGUCUGGAACCCGUGCUGUGCAGCGUGCCUGUGUGCAUGCGCAAGCUGAAGGGGGGGUCGGUGGGAAGGGAAGGUGGCCACCCUGGACGCAGCGAUGGUCACGAGAAGGAGCGACGGGAGGAAAAGGGAACGGAAGAGACAUUAAUUGACACGGCCUCAAAAGGUCUGUCGGACAAGGGCUUACGCCGGG